CUUAGUCAGUCCUUUAUUCCUCUGGUCCUCCAUCACAUCAACUUCUAUUUUCCUCUUAAAUACAUUUCUCAUAAUGAUGGAAGUUGGAGAUUACACUUUUCUCUUUGUUCUUGGCCUAAUCUUUGCCUUCCUGGACAGUUACGGUAUCGGUGCGAACGAUGUCAGCAACAGUUUCGGUGCUGCUGUCGGCGCUGGUGCUUUGAAUCUCAAGCAGGCUAUCCUGAUCGCCUCCAUCUGUGAGUUCCUUGGGGCAUUUCUCAUGGGCUCCUCAACUGCUGACACGAUCAAAGGUGGCCUGAUCAACGUCAGUCUCUUCGCGGAACAACCAGAGUUAUUGAUGUUAGCCAUGGUCUGCUCUCUCGUCGGCUCUUCUACGUGGGUCCUCUUUGCUUCCUCUCGUGGCUUGCCUGUCUCAACAACACAUGCCAUUGUCGGUGCAAUCACUGGUGCUGGUAUCGCUGGCUUCGGGUUCAGCACUGUGAAAUGGGGUGGGGUCGGUACAAUUGUACUCUCCUGGGUUAUUAGCCCUUUGGUCGCUGGUAUAGUCACUGCGAUCAUCUUCAUCGUCACUCGAUUUUUAAUCCUCAAGCAUCAAGAUUCGCUCAAGCGGGGUCUUAUUGCUAUUCCUUUCUACUUUGCCAUCACUAUCUUCAUCAACGUCUUCUACAUCAUCUUCAAAGGCUCUCCUGGCCUCUCUCUCUCUCAAUUGCCUAUUGGCGCCAUCAUUGGCAUCUCCUUCGGCGUCGCCAUCGUUGUCUUCCUGUGGUGUAACUUUUUCUUAAAGGUUUAUCUUCGUCGCAAGCUGGAAAAUGAAGAACCUCUUCGUUGGUACCAUUGUUUUUAUAUCUAUGCCGUAUCGACCCGUAUCAAAGCUCCUGAAAACCUUGAAGAGAUCGCUUCUGAUAAGGAAAAGGCCAAUAAUACCGAUGAAGACACCGAAAGCGACGGCACUGUGAACAGCGGCCUUGCUGCGCUCGACAAUGAGGAUAAACCACUCUCUAUGUUCCAAAGGUUCAAGAAGAAGGCCUUCCAUGGCUUGAACCAGGAUAUUAAUGCGAAGACUGAGGAUGUUGAGAAUAUGCACGACAAGUCAACUCGCUAUGAUAGCAAGACCGAGGAGCUCUUCUGUACACUUCAAGUCUUGACAGCUUGCUUUUCAUCCUUCGCUCAUGGCUCCAACGACGUCGCUAACGCGAUUGGUCCUUUGACCACCAUCUACUACGUAUGGAAACAUGCCAUGGUUGAUGUCACCGGGAAGUCUCCGGUCCCCGUUUGGAUUCUUGCUUUUGGUGGUGUUGCCAUCGAUAUUGGUCUCUUGACUUACGGUUAUAAGGUCAUGGCUACCCUUGGCAAUAACAUCUGCUAUGUCUCACCAAGCAGAGGUUUCUCAUUAUCACUGGGUACUAGUUUGACGGUCCUGACUUGUUCCAAAAUUGGUUUGCCUAUUUCUACCACCCACUGCAUUACUGGCGCUACUACUUCAGUUGGGCUCUGCAGUGGAGGGGGGGUCAAGUCGAUCAAUUGGAAAAUCCUCGGCCUCAUCGCUUCCUCUUGGAUCUUGACUCUCCCGGCAGCGGCUUUGGUCUCUGGUUGUAUUUUCGCAAUAAUCAUCAAUUCCCCUCACAAGCUUUAAUGAGUUCCUAUUAUAUUUCCAAUCAUUAGUAACAGAAAUUGUAUUCUAGUAGAUACCAUUUUGUAAAUAUACUUCCAUUUUAUCUAUUUUAUGCAUCCUAAAGAAGGAUAUUUUUUGAAUUGUUUAAUAUAUUUAUAAAUAAUGGCUAGAUCAC